CUUUGGUAGCCGUUUGCCGCUUAUCAAGCAACCGUCAAACUCCGGCGUCCAUGGCAAACCACAAGCAGCCCGCGACCAGCAGAUGGGACGAGAAGAAGGAACACCUGUCAGCGAAGACGCGCAAUGGGUUUGAGCAGUGGGUGAAGCGCAAGGUGCGUGGGACUUACGCUAGUUAAUCCUGUUCUCGUGGAUAACCACCCCCGCAGGACACUUUUGAACGCGGAUGCCGCCUACUUGAUGCGCUAGAUGUGUCGCGCUGGGACGAUCCGGCCAAGUUUCGUGAUGUCAUCGUUGCAUUGGCGGCAGUUGACCAGAGCCUCCGGACAGAGGCCGGACCGGGGGAAAGUGAGGAAGAGGUAACCCACGGGGGCGACAGGCCGCGGCAGACUUGCGCGCCGCCGCCCCUCGACGGUGUGCGUGGUACGCGGCGGUCAGUAUUUGAAGUCUUCCGCCGGCGUGCGACACGGGACGUCACUUUUACUGACGUGACCCUCACCGCAGCCAAUGAACGUAGUCUAAGCGAUGCUCUGACGCAACAACUAGUCCGUGACGAGGCUGGCCGGCUCGUCAUGCCCACGCUACGGUAUGCGUGGCCCGCUCAACAGCACAGUGGUACAGUAGCACCGGCUGUAGGACACCUGACGGCCGACCAGCGUGCACAGAAUGCCAUAUUCCUAAGGUAUUGUCGGACUAUGUGGCGCGAAGCGCAACGCGAGGCGCGAACGCGCCUUGGCCGUGCGCUGGCAGACGCUGGGGCCGUGGAUCGUAACCGUGCGGCGGCCGCUGGCCUGCGGGCCCUUGGAAUAGGCCAACUCGCAGCCUGGGUCGAGACGGAUUCAGAGAUCCAGCGGGUGGCGGCACGUGAUGCGAUGCGCGAGCGCGAGGAGAAGGCUCGUGUCACCCGACUGAGUGGAACUCAUCCGCGGCAGGCCCUGUUCCCCCGAGCCUCAUGGCCCACUAUUUAUGUGACGAGUCAACAAAUCUAGCAGUGCGAGCGGCAGGCGCAUUUUUCCGCUCGCAGGUUACGCAUGCUCGAUUCGUCAAACGCAAGGAUAGAACACGACUCCGAGUACCAGUGACUGAAGCGGCCCAGCCAGCGCCGCCAAUUCCGCGCCUGGAUCUCUCCCGGGGCGAGAAUGGACCGACAAGGCCACGUGUGGAGCGUGUGUCAAGCACAGCGCUCGAUCUCGCACGCGGACAGGGUCUAGUGUGGGUUCAUGCGCUCGGUCGUGGCGCACCUGGGCGGGACGGCGAUCUUGAGCGUUCGCGGCGACAGCUUCUGGCGCGCAACCCGCGUGGAAGUGAUCCCAAAACCCAAACCUAGCAGCUUGGCCUUCAAAAUGCUGGCACACAACCAGAUGAUGCCACAAAAUGGGAAGGGUUGAUUUUGCGAUGCCCCACAUUCGUCGGUUCCCACUCACAGGCGCGCGGCCACGUGCUCCGGGCAAACUUCGACGCUACACGUGACGCCACCGAUGAAGACUUUGACGCAGAUCGCUUUGAGGAGAUACACGAGAAGUACACCGCCGCGCGACGGCGUGCGGCAAGGGCGCGGCGCAUCGAUGCGCGACGUGAAUUCGAGCGAUGGAACGCGGCUCGGCGAGGGCGUGCUCGCGCGCUCGAUUGUCUUAGAGCACUCCAGCCACCAGCGCAUAUGGCGGCCGAGGCUGGUGCAGCAGCGGCGCUGCGGUACUGGCGCCGUAUUGGGGGCCUGCUCAAGGCCGUAGACGGCGGGCUCCUCGGUGACUGGGUGGAAUGGUCUCAGCUUGGUGGCAACGAUAGCGCCGCAGGUGUAACUCGUGCCAGUGACGUAUUUGAGUGGGCGCAGCCGCUCAAAGCACCGGCUUCCCCGGCAAACGCAACCGCAGUAUGGUGCGCACUCGCACCUCGUGGCUGUGACGUGUCGCGCCACCCGUCGUGCGGCGGCGUCAGUGCGCUUCGCGCAUCGCUUGUUAAGGUGCUUGGGUCAAGUUGUGAUCUUGCAAGUGCAUUUGAGCGGCUUCGGAAGCGCCUCGCAGCAUCGGGCGGCGAGGUGCCGCCGACGGUCACAGCGCGGGACUUACGGCGAUGCUGCCACGAAGGUGGCCUUGCAUUGUCCCGCGAAGAGGCGAGACAAUUGAUCGACUGCAUAGCUCUGCGUGGACAAGCGACGACUCUUUGGGUUUGGAAUAGGUCAAGUGGUAGAUUCGUAUAUAUAUAUUGAAGUCACGCAGGUGUCGACGCGUACAGUGGCUACGGAACAGCGCCGUUUGACGAGAUUUCGGCUCUGCUAGCUACGCCUGUUCGUCCAGGUGGCGUCCGGCGUGCCCUACGACGCUUGACGCACUUUGAGGCGACGUGUCCUGAAACGGGCAUGCCGAAUGCGUGCUGUGCCUGCGUCAAAUUUUGUGUGAUCUUCGCGCCGAAUCUACUGGUCGCGAUUGCUAGCAGGCUCCCUCUGGUCUUGUUCAGGCUGCGUUUGCCAAAAGCAAAUCAGGCUCUGGUUGCGCGCUCAGGCAUCUCGAAUGAGCUCGGGAUGGAACAACCUGAGGUGCCAGACGAGCCCCGCGCAGGUUCCGCGUCACGGCAAGUCCUGCGCGCGUUCGUGCGGGUCCGUGCGCAGCGGCGUGGAUGAUUUUGUCUAGCGUCAACCCCCAACCCCCCCUUUCCCCCCCACUCGGUGCAGGUGCGAGGUUGAUGUGACGCUCGCGAAUGGCGAGGUGCGGCGCCGCUGGAAAAAUCCGGAGCGGACCGCGCGCAUCGAACUGCUCUGCCGCAUUGGCAUGGUAAGCAAAUCGCUGGCUCACCACGACAUCGAGACACUUUGUCCGCUUCCACACGAUCUACGCUGCGCGCUGCCGCAUGAUCUUGCUUCCGAGCUCCCCGACAGCUGCAGCAUCUCUGCCGCGGCAUUAUCGGGGGCAAGCGAACCUCGCUCGGACCUCGCCGCAUACAGUGCAUGGUUUAGCGCCUCGGAUGUUCCGCCAGCCUCGUCGCAGGCAGAGGCGUUUGGCGUCUGGGGCGCACCACGGCGCGCGGCGCUUGACGCACUCUUGGCGGUGAGCGACAAUGCACGGAAAGAAGCGCGACUGCGCCUGGCUCUUGCGCGCGGCACACCGCCCGCAGCUCCCGACCUCUGGGCGGCAGGACCUGACGAGCUUCGUGCCGAGGGCGCGCCGUCGGACGCGCUGCUGUCACGGCUCGUCCUCCGGUGGCGGCCGGGUGUAAACAAUGGGGACGGAGAUGAAACAACCGUGCGCUACCGUGCCUUUGCUCGUCCGUGUCGCAUCAGAUUGGUGGGGUCGCGCAGGUCGUGGGACCGGUUUCGUUUUUCUCGCUUGAGUUCUCGGGAGCACUGGGGUCGCGCGCUCAGCGCGAAAAUGCGUUCUCCGAAAUCGCUCGCGAUCCACCGACCGCACGUGAUGACUCUUUUUCGUUUCAGCAUGUCGUAUCAGGCCUCACACCGGACACGACAUAUGUGUUUCGCCUCCGCGCAUUCAAUGGCGUUGGCCCGGGUCCGUACGUGUGGCGGCGAUUCUCGACGCCACCCGCGCGACCAAUCGCACCGGUCCCGGUCCGCGUGGGCGCGCGAGCGGUCGUGCUGCGGUGGACUGUGCCUGACAUGGUUGCGCGUCGUGCUGUCGAGCUCCGACGAUCAUUUGACGAAGUAUCCGCCGGUAGCUUGCAUGCAUCGCGCGUUGAAUGGCUCCGUGUUGUUGCUGCGCACUACGCACCGCUCCUAUCAUUCCUGCAGGGCGUGACAACAACACGCGGGGCGGCCACACACCUCAGCGGCAGCGGUAGUGCAGGCCACAGUGGCCCUGCGAGGCAAUCACUCCUCGACAUUCUCGAAAGCUCGGAUCACGACAUCAUCGACUGGGCCUGGCUGUGCGAUUGCCUUGGUACCGCGACCUGUCGUGAUGGCGAGGAGACGACACAAUUUUUGGCAGAUGCACUCACGUGCGCCGGCGGACACGCCACAGCCGGCGCAGCGGCUGAUGCAGCUGUCGCUCGCCAUGUUCAGCGCCUCGCCUCGCCGACGACAUACGUGCUUGAGCGCUGCCUUUCAGAAUUGCAUGGCGAGUGGGAGGAAGUCCUGCGAACACGUUUUGGUGAGGCGACUAUUAAUGGGCUUGACGCUGGCGCGGCGCACCAGUUUCGGGUACGUGCAGUCAACGCAGCGGGUGCGGCAUCGCCGUCUGGCCGCGCAACAGUCAUAAACACGCUCCUCAACAGUCCACCUCCGCCACGGCUUGCGCGUGCACAUGUGCGCGCUACCACCAAUCGACACCCGCGUGCCUCUGCACCACCGUAUGGCGAUGUUGUUGGUGUGGGGGGCUUUGAGAGGCGCUUCGCAGUAUCUUCUACGACAGUGAAACUCGUGUGGCUGGGCGCGACCGAUAAGUUGACUGGUGGUCAUGGGCUGAACGGUCGUGGCGGCGGCCCUUCGGAUCGGAUCCUUGCAGAGUGGACUGGUGCGGCUGGCGAGGACGAGGGCGCCGUGAGCCUCACGGCUGUUCUCGCACGCUAUUCCCACGGACGUGAAGAUGCCACGUUCGACGGCAAGGUACUCCCCGACGUGUUGACGCGACUAGGUGCGCAUCGGACGCACGACGCUGAGGACACCGCGCUGCGCGCCGCCUGGGACGAACUUCGUGACGCCGCGCGAGAUGUAGUGCGCACGGCGCACUUUGCGGCCUGGUGGAACGCGGAUGUGGUCACCCACAUCCUUCAACGCGAUCAAGGCGUACCCGCAGGGCGCAGUGCUGGCGGCCCGUCGCUCGGAACCGUGACAACGUACCGUGGCAGCGGCCGCGGCACUGAGGCACGUCUACUGCGCGGGACUCGACGUCUUCCCCGUACCCAACACAAAAUUCAAUUACUUGAGCUGGAUUGAGCCCCCUUCUUCCGUCCCAAAUACACAGACAGCUCAGCUGGGCCAAGCUUCCCGGGAGUGGCGUUAGACGCAAUCUGCGCUGCAACAGGCAACGCAAGGUCCCAAGCGAGAAAUUUUGGUUUUAUGCGCGCAGGUUCAUGGCCUCGAGCCAAACACGCGCUACAAGUUUACGCUUCGGCUUGUCUCGCCGCGGUCACAUUCGCGCCUUUCCCCCCCACUGGAGGUCUGGACCGCCCCUGCUCCACCAUCGUCCCCAAUCAUCGUUCGAGAUGAAACAAAAGCCAUUGUCCUCAACUGGCGCGCUGGGCCUGGCGGUGCUACCAAAUAUGUACUCGAGAGCCGUCUCGUCAACUCACGAGACGAUGGUACGGCGGCACAGGCGCCAACUCCUACGGUCAGGCAUCUGGCAGCACCCGUGCGAGCGCACGUGAGGCAUCGAACGAACGCAACGGCGGCGUCGUACGACUGGAAGGUUUCGUACGAGGGGCAUGAGACAACUGUCCGCGUCUGCGGGCUCCAGCCUCGUUCCACCUACCGCUUUCGUGUUCGUGCCCUCAAUGAUGCCGGUCAUGGUGGCCCGCCAAGCGCACUCACGCAAGCGUCCACUGCUUCCGAGCCACAAAUGCUCGUCCCUCGCCGCGCAGCGGAGCAGUUCUCUGUGCGUGCAGCCGGUGACAUUGUUGUUGGCGAUACAAUCCUCUUCACGGAGCGCUUACUCGUCGAUCGCGGCGGAAAUGGAGCGCUUCUUGGCGAGCCGGCACGCGGUGCUGCCCGCCCUCUCGCGUCAAACGCCAAUCGCGGCAAUUGUCGGUCCAGGAAUGCGACUGGCCCACAGCACGUCGGCUCCAAAGUGUAAAUCAAAUUUCACGGCGCAUUUAAAACUGGGCAAACUCCAUGCCAUUGCAGCACCCGACUCACUGGUUGAUUCCUACACAGGUGGGCGACCGCACAGUUGCUGCGCACGUUGUCGCGGAGGCCCACUAUACCAAAAAGGGGGUUCGCGAGCUACGUCUGGAAAUCGUCUGGUGCACAGUGUCGUCGCACGACGCUGCCCCGUACGUGCUGCGACCAGGUGAUGUCACGCAGCGUGAUGCCGCGCAUGUUAUUCAGUUUCAGGCCUUUCGUCAACCGUGGGUCGACGAGCACAAGAGACUGCCAUAGUUUGCCACUUGGAAGCCUGCUUCGAGGAAAUCACCCCCCC